AUGGGGUGCGGACUGCUGGUGCUGGUGCUGGUGCUGGGGGUCUGCCGGGGCCACAGCCUCCUCCCCGCCGGCUUCCCUCAGAGCGAGGCGCCGGGCCUGGCCCGUGCCCAUGGCCGUGCCCUCCCGUGGGCCCCGCGUCUGCCGGCGGCCGAGGACCUGUGGUUGUCCCUGCUGCGGGGCGAGGGUCCGGACCCGGACCCGCCGGACCCCCCCGACUGCCGGGCCCUGCUGGUCCUCUUCGCCCGCAGCAGCGCCCGCCUGACGGACUGCCUGGUGCGGGCCGCCCGGCCCGUGCGCCUCUGCCAGGCCUGUUACCCGCUCUUCCAGGAGGUGGUCGCCAGCAUGGACAACAUCAGCCGGGCCGCGGGGCCGGGGAAUGCCUCUGAGAGCCACAGCUGUGCCCGAAGCCUCUUAAUGUCAGACCGGAUGCAGAUAGUUGUGAUUUUGUCCGAAUUUUUUAAUACCACAUGGCAGGAGGCGAAUUGCGCAAAUUGUUUAAUGAACAAUAGUGAAGGAUUAUCGAAUAGCACAAUACAUUUCCUGGAUCUGUUCAAUAUCACCAUGGCAUGUUUUGAGCAAAACCUCCAGGGGGGUGAGAGCAAUCUACAACUGAGAAACUAUACCGAUGUGUGCAAGAACUGUCGUGAAGCUUACAAAUCACUGAGUGCCCUUUAUGCCGAAAUGCAAAAAAGGAAUGACCACGAGAGUAAAGCGGAACAUGGAACACACCUGUGCAUAGAUGUGGAAGAUGCAAUGAAUGUAACUCGGAAGCUGUGGAGUAGGACCUUCAACUGCUCGGUCCCCUGCAGUGAUACGGUGCCUGUGAUUGCUGUCUCCGUGUUCGUCCUCUUUUUACCAGUUGUUUUCUACCUUAGUAGCUUCCUUCACUCGGAACAGAAGAAGCGUAAACUUAUUUUGCCCAAGCGAAUUAAAUCCAGUACCAGCUUUGCAAACAUUCAAGAAAACUGAAACUCAGGACAGAAUGAAGACCAGUUGAUUCUGAGUAUCUGGAGCCCCAGCAGCGCCUAAGGGCAGAAAAAUUGAGUUUCAGCGAUUGGCCUCUCCUACUCUGUCCUCGAAUCUCUCUUGAAGCUGCUGAGGGAGGAAAGGCGGGAGGGAGGGAAGGAAGCUCCCCCAGAUGGGUGAGGACAUAAGUCUCAUUAGGAAAUAAGACUUCAUUCUUUCCAAUCAUUCGGGACCUAUUUUGAUCCAUUUGGGGAUUUCGGUUUUGCAGUUUUCAGACCUGUGAUUAUUGUCGUUCAUAAAAAAGUGUUUGGUAAGUUAACCAAAUAAUAAGCUUCAGGGAUCUCCCCUCUUCAGUGAUUCCUCUGGGAUGACUCAGAACCUUUGCCUACUCCUUCCAAAGCAAAUCAGGCCUAUGCUGAUAAAGCAAAUGGGAACCUGUACCUAUGAAAUAACCUUGCAAGUUAAUGCAAUGCUUAAAUUUCAGCUACAAGUGUAUUUGUGAAUAAGAAUUAGUUACAAAAUUCUUGAUUUGUGGAUUUAGGAGAUGCACACUGUAGAUUUAUGAAAGAGAUUUAUUCUUUUUUCCUUUUGACAUAUGAAAUAAUAACUUUAGUUUUUAAAGCAUUUAAAUUGAAGUG